CACUGACGGAAUCUUUUUCUUUUCUUUUAAACUCAGCGUAUCCCCACUAUGGCUGGAGACUCCAGGAAUGCUAUGAACCAGGAUAUGGAGAUUGGAGUCACACCCCGGGACUCCAAGAAGAUUCCCAAACAGGCCCGUGAUGAUGUCCCCAUUGCCACAGACCGCACUCGCCUGCUGACAGAAGGGAAGAAGCCGCGGCAGCGCUACAUGGAGAAGAGUGGUAAGUGCAACGUGCACCAUGGCAACGUGCAGGAAACCUACCGCUACCUGAGUGACCUCUUCACCACCCUGGUGGACCUCAAGUGGCGCUUCAACCUGCUCGUCUUCACCAUGGUCUACACCAUCACGUGGCUUUUCUUUGGCUUCAUCUGGUGGCUCAUUGCCUACAUCCGGGGUGACCUGGACCACGUGGGUGACCAAGAGUGGAUUCCUUGCGUAGAAAACCUCAGUGGCUUCGUGUCUGCUUUCCUGUUCUCCAUCGAGACGGAGACAACCAUCGGGUAUGGCUUCCGAGUCAUCACGGAGAAGUGCCCCGAGGGGAUCGUGCUCCUGCUCGUGCAGGCCAUCCUGGGCUCCAUCGUCAACGCCUUCAUGGUAGGCUGCAUGUUUGUCAAGAUCAGCCAGCCCAAGAAGAGAGCAGAGACCCUCAUGUUCUCCAACAACGCCGUCAUCUCCAUGCGCGAUGAGAAGCUCUGCCUCAUGUUCCGCGUGGGUGACCUCCGCAACUCCCACAUCGUAGAAGCUUCCAUCCGCGCCAAACUCAUCAAGUCCCGGCAGACCAAAGAGGGGGAGUUCAUCCCACUCAACCAGACCGACAUCAACGUGGGCUUCGACACCGGCGACGACCGGCUCUUCCUUGUGUCUCCGCUCAUCAUCUCCCACGAGAUCAAUGAGAAGAGCCCUUUCUGGGAGAUGUCCCGGGCUCAGCUGGACCAGGAGGAGUUUGAGGUCGUCGUCAUACUAGAGGGGAUGGUGGAGGCAACAGGCAUGACUUGCCAAGCGCGGAGCUCCUACAUGGAUACAGAGGUACUCUGGGGCCAUCGAUUCACUCCAGUCCUCACCUUAGAAAAGGGCUUCUAUGAGGUGGACUACAAUACCUUCCAUGACACCUAUGAGACCAACACACCCACCUGCUGUGCCAAGGACCUGGCAGAGAUGAAACGGGAGGGCCGGCUCCUGCAGAGCCUCCCCAGUCCCCGCCUGCUGGGGGGCUGUGCUGAGCCUGGGCUAGAUGUAGAGGCUGAGAAAGAUGGAGAGGAUGAGCCUGAGGAUAUCCAUGUCUCCCGGGAUACCAGGGGUUCAGUGUGAGGGGCACACCCCAAAGCCUCCC